AACAUCAAGUUGAGUAUUACUUUUUAAAUUAUUUUUUAUGAUCGUGUUUCCUAAGCCUUUAUUGUUAUUUAUGAAUUUUUAAAAGAUCGCGUAACGUGAUUUAGAAUAUUUGUAUUUUUCAUGAAAUAUUUACAAAAAUUUAUAUGAUAUUUUAUUCGCCAUUUUGUGUUCUUUGAUAUUUGAUAUCAAAGUAAUGAAAUAACGUAAAGGUAGAAGCCGGUAAUUUGUAGGUUAAAUCGUGAAAGUAUUGUUUAAAAAAUCAUGAAUCUUUUGCCUAAAACUCACGAGGAAUUUAGUCAACCGGAAUAUUGGAAUUCGUUUUUCAAAAAACGUGGCAAGAAAAGUUUUGAAUGGUAUGGAGAAUAUUCCGAAUUAUGUGAUAUUUUAAUUAAGUAUAUCAAGAUGAAAGAUGAUAUACUUGUUGUUGGGUGUGGUAAUUCUACUUUGAGUAUGUCACUUUACGAUGUUGGAUAUCGAAAUAUUACUAAUAUAGAUGUGUCAGAGGUUGUUAUUAAACAAAUGCAAAAUAUUAAUAAGAACGACAGACCAGAUUUAAUAUAUGAACAGAUGGAUGCUACGCAAAUGACUUAUUCGAAUGAAAAAUUCAGCGUUAUAUUGGAUAAAGGUACUCUAGAUGCUUUAAUGCCCAAUGUAAAGCAAGAAACAAUAUCUGUAAUUGAUAAAUAUUUUAAGGAAAUCACACGUGUCCUACGUAAUGGUGGAAGAUAUAUUUGUAUUAGUUUACUUCAAGAACAUAUUAUACACAAAAUUUUGUCAUAUUUCACUGCAAAUAAUUUUAUGAUACGCGUGGCACAAUGUCAUGAAGCUGAAGUGAAGACUAAACAGGAAGAAGGCAGUUCUAUUCCUGUGUUUGUUGUUGUUGCAACAAAAUUUAUGAAACUAACAGAAUCAAUACUUGAAAUCUCAUUAACUGACGGUAAACCUGAAAGAGUAUCCUCCGUAGACGCUUUGAUAUCUGCAGUAUUAUCAGUUCAACAGUCGGCUUUAAUAUGCAAUUGUCUUGAUAAAAGAAGUAUAGCCGAUGUUGGAGAAAUUUGUUUAGAUUUACACAGAGUUGGUGACAAGCAUCCUCGAUAUACAGUUUACGUACUUGACCAACCUCGUGCCAGAGGAGCAAAAUCAUAUGCUGCGUUUAUAGUACCACAAGGAAAGGAAACAGAUUGGUUAUUUAGUACUAAAGAAGGAAGACAGCAGGUAUUGGAGAGUACACAACGGGAUAGACUUGUUAUUGUCACUCUUAGACGAGAACAUAAAUUUGAAAGUUGGGAUUCAGUGAAAACCGAACUUGGAGAUUGUAUACGCAAUUUAGCUCCAUCAGGUUUAACCGAUAAGAGUGAUAUUCCUUAUCUAUCUUUAGAUACAAAUAUAGGUGCUCGUACAAUUUGUUACGAAGGUGAAAGUAAAAUUAGUGGUUCUUUUGUCGUUGAAGAAACAGAAGAAGAUGGGCACACAUUGAGAAGACUGAUCUUUUUAAAUAACCCAUAUGUGAUUCAAAGCGAAGCUCGUCUUAAAGAAGUAAAAUCCAGACGAGGUAAAAAGAAGAAAGUAAUCGAUAAUGGAUUUUUAGCUUGUAAACACCACAUAUAUAUGAGCGUAGGUGUUUCUACAAUAUUAGAUUCUACAAAUUCCAAUGAAAUUAUGAUCAUAGGUCUUGGUGGUGGAGGCCUGAGUACAUUUCUAUAUCAUUGCUUUACAAAUUUAAAAAUCACAGCUGUCGAGAUCGACGAAGCUAUCCUUAAAGUUGCGGUCGAGUAUUUUGGUCUUAUUUUGGAUAAUAGAAUGCAAGUACAAAUCGCGGAUGGUAUAGAAUUUAUAAAAAAUGCUGCUUCAGAAGGUAAGAAGUACUCUGCUAUUCUUUUCGAUGUUGAUAGCAAGGACACCACCGUUGGAAUGAGCUGCCCGCCUAAACAAUUUCUCGAAAUCGAUUUGUUGAAUACGAUAGCUUCCUGUUUGACAGACAAUGGUCUGUUUAUAUUGAAUUUAGUUAGCAGAGACAGUACUCUUAAACAAAAAGCGAAAGACGACUUAAAAUCGAUAUUUGUAUCUGUGGUAUCUUAUACUCUUCAAGAUUACGUCAAUGACGUGAUCAUGUGUUCUAUAAAUACUAAGGAAUCGAAGGAAUGGAAAAAUAAAAUCAAAAAGGCUGUUGUAGAUUUGAACGAGCAGGCGAUUAAAAGAAAAGUGUUCGUCUCGUCGGAUGCUUUUGACGUAUCGUCGCUCGUUAAAAAUUUGUCGAUAGAUUCUUAAUACAUAACUGAAAGCAUAAUUAAAUAUGUAAGUAAAUUCUCUUAUUGUAUAACGAUAUAUUAAUUUUACAAAUGUAAAAAACUGUUGUAAAUAAGUUAUAUAAUGAUUACUAUUAUGUAUAUUAUACGUAUUUAUAUUUAUAUAUGUAUAAAUAGUAGUAAUAAUAAUUGUUAUAUUAGCAUUGGCAAAAUCCUUAUUUAUUGAAAUUUAUUGAGCACAAUUAUUCCUUCUUAAUUUACAUAAGUAAACCUAUAUUAAAAGUCAUUAAAAAUUAUAAGAUCUUAAUGUUCUUAUACAUAUACGCGUAUACAUGUGCGUACAUUUGUAUAUUGGUGGUGUAGAUUUAUAUUGAAAUUCAUUUGGAAUACCCAUAACGCGUACUAGCAACAUAUCAAAGUCUUAUUUUUUUGAAUUUUCCUUUUUGUUGUUGUAUUAUUACACUGGUAAUACCAAUGCCUGAUAAAAUACUGGGUCUCUCUGAUUUUCAUGUUGAACUACACCAAUACCUCGAUCAAGAAGUAAGGUUUCCAAAUCUACGAUUCUGAUUCUAUUUGAAUAUAAAUCACUUUCAUAUCUCGUACGAACGCAUUUUUAACAAUUUUUAUUUUUCUCGUAUUUUUUAGUCUUGUUUAUAUUAUUUGAAUUUUUGUUGUCGAUAGUGAAUUAUAAUGAUUUUCAGUGAAUUCCUUCUCAACGUUUUAGAUUCAGGAACCGUUACUUGUUAAUGUCAUCCUCUACGGAGCCGUUUUCUACCAUUCAUUCGUUUUGAUGUAGCUAUGAAAAAUUAGAUAAUGCAAAUUUUCAUUGCAUAUAUAUAUUUAUAUAUAUAUAUAUAUAUAUAUUUAUAUAAUAAAUAUUCCGAAGACCCUGAUUAAUUUUCGAACAUUCAUAAAGUUCAAAUAACAAACACAUUCUAAACUUUCCAUUGCGUAUUAGUUGCACGUGGAAAAGAAUGGAUGCGCGAGUAGUAUGACUCAACGACAGCGAAUAUAAUCUGUACAAGAAUGGUCGAUCGGUUAUGCGAAUUGGAUUAACUUGAUUAUCGUUCCAAAAUCUAAAAAUGAGAAGAACAUAAAUUCAUCCAAUUUCUAAAUAUUUUUAUAAGACUUACUGAUGAAAAAAGAUGCUUUUCUUUUUUACGAAUUAUAUUAAUGAUA